GGGACUGUGAGGGGUGCGCGGAGCCGAGAGGGGCUGAGGGGUGCGAGGGCUAAAGGAGCCGCGGUCAUGUCCCAGGAGUGCGGCGAUGAGUGGGAGCUGAGCAAGGAGAACGUGCAGCCCCUCAGGCAGGGGCGGGUGAUGUCCAGCUUGCAGGAGGCGCUGGCUCAGCAGGACUCCUCCAGCCACACCGCUGUGCAGCUCAAAAAACAAGAAUUUGAAUCAGAAAUCCGAUUUUACUCAGGAGAUGACCCUCUGGAUGUGUGGGACCGGUACAUCAAGUGGACAGAGCAGACCUUCCCCCAGGGUGGGAAAGAUGGAAAUCUGGCAGCAGUUUUGGAAAGGGCAGUGAAAGCCCUCAAUGAGCAGCAGCGAUACUACAAAGAUCCUCGUUAUCUUAAUCUCUGGCUCAAGUUUCUAAGCUGGUUUUUGUGA